CAUUAUAGCUUGUUUAACACUUCAAUUGUAUUUUAUUGCAACAAAUAAUGUUUAAUGUGUUUGUUCUAAUAAAUUCUAAAUGAAUGUGAUGUCUGAAAAUACUUAAAUAGUAUUUCAAUUAUUUGAACUUUCUGGAAUUUUAUUCCAGUAUAAAAUAUUUUUUUAUUUCCUUAUUUUUGACUACCUAAAAUGAGUAUUCUAAGUACUUCAAUUAUAUGAACUUGUGGAAUUACUUUAUUACAGCAUAACAUUUUUAAAUGUUUUUUUACUUCCUUAUAUUUGACUUUAUAAAAUGAGUAUUCAAAGUACUUCAAUUAUAUGAACUUGUGGAAUUACUUUAUUACAACAUAAAAUAUUUUAUUGUUUUUUUACUUCCUUAUUUUUGACUGUAUAAAAUGAGAAUUUUUAAAUAACAGAAGAAAAAUAUUGAGAAAGGUUUUACUUAAAAUGAUGUACCGAUUGCACAUUUUUGGCCGAUGCCGAUACCGAUGCCGAUGGAUAGGAAAAGGCCGAUACCGAUGCCGAUACUGAUAGAUUAACUAGCUAUUAUAAUUUGAUAGUAUAAAACCAUACAUCUUUAAAUCGUGUAAAAUUUUUCAUGGAAUCAGAACUGGUAAGCAAAUACUUGGACCCAAAUCAGAGUCAAACCUUUAUUUCAAAAGAUAUUAGAAAAGCUCAAUCAAAUAAAUAUACAUUUUUUACUUUUUUUUAACUAUGAAAAGAAAACUUUCAAAAAAUAAAUACAAUUUUAGGGAUAAAAAUAAAAAAAUGCCAUCGGUUGGAAAAUCGGUAAAUUGAUAAAGAAAGACCGAUGCCGAUGCCGAUACCGAUUGUGCAAAAAGUGGCCGAUUAAGCCGAUGCCGAUUAAUCGGAUGUCUAUGGAAAAGUAUGUUAUUGUUGCCUUCUUGGAGGAGGAUGAUGCAGUUGCAGUUGUGCCUGCAGCUUGGCUGAUCAACAGCGAGUUGUGUUAUUGGCCUCCAUAUACCAGUCAAGACAGAAAAAAUAAAGCGGCAAUAAAUUGUGAAAUACCAUCUGAAAAAUGGUCUAAACAUUCUUGUCGAAUUUUAGGGACCAAAGGUUCGUAUGCAAAGGCCAGAUCUGAACUUGGUAAAGCUGAGAUAACAUCAGAUUUACAGAGUGAUGUAGAUGUUUCAAGACUACGUACAAAACGUAUUCAGAAAUAUCUUGAAGAUGACAACGAUAAUAGUGAUGAGUAUUCUGACAAGGAUUCUCAGCAAAUAAAUAAACAACCCCUUUGCCAAGUUUCUAAGAAAAGGGAAGGUUCUGCAGAAGGGAGCAACAGUCGAUCGAAAACUAAAUCUCACAAACCAGCCCCUAAAGCACCUCCAUUUCCUGUGUCUAGUCCUUGCUCUUUAACACCUUCAUCUCCUGUAAUCAGUGAACGAGCCAUACCAGAAUCAAUUUCACAGCCAUUUACUAGAGCUAUUGAACGAGGCUCUGAGUUAUCUACAUCACAUGUAGCUAGUCAACAAUCUGUAACACCUGCAACCACAAGUAGUUGGCAAUCUGCAACAUCUACAUCUGCUGCUUGUUACCGAACUUCAACACAUGCCGCAUCAGAAUUGCAUACAAUCAGUCGGCGUAAUUUAGAAGAUAUAUCAUUUGUUUCAGCAGGCGCCUUUAUAGAAGGAGAGUUAGAACAAGUGAUAGCCAACCUUGUUCCUAAUAUUCCGACUAGCUUGUCAAUUCCAGCUACUAGUUUGAAUGCCAUAGAAUUGUCUACAGCAGCUAGUCAUACAUCUGCACAAACAUCAAACAGUGUUUUAAAUAAAAUAUUUACUCUUUUAGUUGAGCUGAAAAGCGAAGUAGCUAAUCUUCAGAAGCAGACUAUUUACAACACUACUAUGUUGCAGACUUUGUCACAAGGUGGGAUACAAGACGAUGGCAACAUUUUUGAAACUCUUGAUCUUCCUGUAUGUGACCGAAAACAGCUGCAGCAGCUUGAAGAUAUAAUUACUAAAGACAAUCUUUUAUUUAAUAAACUUGUGCAUGGUGUUGCUUCGAAGGGCGGUCAGGACCUGAAGGAAGCCGUUAGAAGGAUAGUUUCCUCUCUAAUGGAAAACGACGUAGUAAAACAAAUGAAUUGGUCAGGACUUGGUGAAAAUCUAAAAAAACCCUUUCGUGACUUGAAAUGCCGACAAGUUCUGGAAAGAGCAUUGCGAAGAAAUCCACCAACGAAAGGUGCUUCAGAAAGUGAUGUGCAGAAGGCCGUGGUUCACUAUUUAGCAGGGGCUAGUGAUCGUAAUGGUGGUAGAAAACAAAGAGCCAUUCGACAAUCAAUAAAAAAAACUCACUUUGAACAUCGUGCACUAAUGCCUACAGCUUCAUCGGCAGUUAUAGAACAACCUUUAGUAGCGCCUAAAACUUCAGCGGAAGUUUUACUGCAUCAUUUGCCACUUUUCUGCUCAGACGACUCAAACAAUUAGUUAUGUUAAAAAUUAGUUAUGCUAAAUGCUGCUAUUUUAUAGUUUCUUCAGAAACCUUUUAAAAGUUGUUUCCCAUAUUCAUAAUGUAGUUAUAUUUUUCGUGUAUUAAUAUUGUAUUUUAUGUUGUGGUUAUGUUUUUAUUAUGUACAUGUGUUAGUUCAAAUUACAGAAUAUAUUUCUUUAUACCUGGU